UAUAUUAAACGUCUUACGGUAAAAUGAUCUAAAUAAAUAAAGAGAAGAAGAAUUUUAAAAUUUGAACUACUACUACUGGCGUCGGCGUCCAUAUUAUUUUUUGUUAUUAUGUAUUCAUAGAAGAGUGUAUGUAUUGUAGUAAAUGUAGUGUAGUAUUGUCGUCACUCGUCACCGUGGUCGUUACACAACACUCUUUUAUCUAAUAUGAUCACCUCACUGGUUCUUGUUUAAGUUCAAUUCAACUCGACUCGACUAAAAUUCGGUGCCCACGAUUGUGUUAUGUGUUGUAGUUGUAUGGGAAACAUCGUCUACAGAAAACAUUAGGUUUGAAAAUCCCUUUCAAAAACUUGAAGGCUGCACCCAAGCAGAAUAUUAAAAGAAUUAGACAAUAGAUAUAAGUAUAGACACUGAUCGCUGAGGCGAGACAAAAGUGUUUCCUCUAGAGUUAACAAAGGACAUAACCCAUAAAAAGAAGAAAAUAUUGUGGGGUUAUGCUGUGACCUUGUUUCAUGUUAAUGUGGUUCUGAAUUGAAAAUAUAUUCUUAGUACACCACUUGUAUACUUGGUUACUCUACUCUGGAGUAUAAACACAAUACUGAAACAGAUAAAAUCAUGUCUGAUCAAAUAGAAGUAAAACAAGAAUUUAGUGAAGUGUGUAAAAAAGAAGAAGACGAUGAUGAGGUGGGUGAUGCACUACUGGAUACCUUUAAAGUCGAGAUCAAGGAGGAGCCUAAGACGGAAAGUGCCAGUGAUACAUUUGAUUCUGCAGACCUUAAGGAGUAUCCUAUAAAAACUGAAGAACAACAAGCUGGUGCCUCUUGCGAAGACAUCCAAACUGAUGAAUGCAAUGCAAUAUUAAAAUAUCCCGGAAAUAACUUGAACCAAAAUUUAACUGCUACUACCGAUGAGAACACCAGAGAAAAAUAUUUUGAAUGUCAAAUAUGCUUCAAAAAAUUAACAAGAUUUUCUUUAAAAAGACAUAUGAGAGUGCAUACUGAUGAAAACCCCUUUACAUGUGAAUUCUGCACCGAACAGUUUUCAACGAAACAAGCUUUAAAGUGGCAUAUGAGAGUGCAUACCGGUGAAAAACCAUUUGAAUGUGAAAUCUGCUCCAAGAAGUUUUCAACGAAACAAGUUUUAAAGUGGCACACGAGAGUACAUGAUGGUGAAAACCCAUACGAAUGUGAAAUUUGCAACAAACGGUUUUCAAGAAACAAACAUUUAAGUGAACAUAUGAGAGUGCAUGUUGAUGAAAACCCCUUUAAAUGUGAAAUUUGCAUCAAACAGUUUUCAACGAAAAAAGACUUAAAAUCGCAUAUGACAGUGCAUACUAGUGAAAAAUCAUUUGAAUGUGAAAUUUGCAUCAAACAGUUUUCAACGAAACAAGACUUAAAAUCGCAUUUGACAGUGCAUACUAGUGAAAAAUCAUUUGAAUGUGAAAUUUGCACCAAACACUUUUCAACAAAGGGUAAUUUAAAAUCGCAUAUGACAGUGCAUACUAGUGAAAAAUCAUUUGAAUGUGAAAUUUGCACCAAACAGUUUUCAACAAAGGGUAGUUUAAAAGUACAUAUGAGAGUGCAUACUGGUGAAAAACCGUUUAAUUGUGAAAUUUGCACCAAAACGUUUUCACUGAAGCAAGGUAUAAAGUUCCAUAUGAGAACGCAUACUGGUGAAAAACCUUUCGCAUGCAAAAUAUGCACCAAACAGUUUUCAAUGAAACAAGCUUUAAAAUGGCAUUUGACGGUACAUAAUGGUGAAAAACCAUUUGAAUGUGAAAUUUGCACCAAACAGUUGUCAACGAAACAAGCUUUAAAAUGGCAUUUGACGGUACAUAAUGGUGAAAAACCAUUUGAAUGUGAAAUUUGCACCAAACAGUUUUCAAUGAAAUCUAAUUUAAGAGUACAUUUAAAGUUGCAUACCGGUGAAAAACCAUUUGAAUGUGCAAUUUGCACUAAACAGUUUUCAAGGAACGAAGUUUUAAAACGGCAUAUGGUAGUGCAUACUGGUGAAAAACCAUUUGAAUGUGCAAUUUGCACUAAACAGUUUUCAAGGAAAGAAGUUUUUAAACGGCAUAUGGUAGUGCAUACUGGUGAAAAACCAUUUGAAUGUCCAAUUUGCACUAAACAGUUUUCAAGCAAAGAAGUCUUAAAACGGCAUGUGGUAGUACAUACUGGUGAAAAACCCUUUAUUGUCCGACAGGGAUCUCGUGAAUAGGCGGAGCUUGUACUACGCAGACUGAGAAAACUUUAGGGCAGAGAAAGAUGGAGUAUACUGGAAGAUUUACGCUUGAGUUCACGCUGAAGAAUCAUUAAAAUUUUUACAAUGUUGUCAAUAUGUAGAUGAUCACAGUAAUAUUAGGUAUUUUUAGUACGAUACUAUCUAAAGAAAUGAUAUUGUUCCGAAGCUAUUUACUUGUGGUAUCUUAUGAAAUUUACUAUUUUAUUUGGGAAUAAGCCACAAUUUAAGUUUGAAAUUAAAUUUAUUUGACUUUUCGACUCUCACUUCGGAAAUUGUUAUCAAAAUACAAAACAAUAAACUAAACAAAUUUUGUUUUGGUUGCUUUAUCUGACUCAUUCGUAUUGAAAAUUCAGACAUAUAUAUUAUGCCUACAUUUUAAAGUGGAUGAUUUUAAUGAUAUUGUCAAUAUUUAUGAUAGGAAAAUAUAAAUGGUAAAUUGCUAAAGAAAAGAGAUAUUCAAAUAAUUUAAUGAAUAAAAGAAUAAGGGAAAAAUUUUUGGUUAGGUAUGAUAUAUAGUGUGAAAAAGCUCUACAUAACGUGACAUGUUUUAAAGAUACACUCCCCGGCAAAAAAUUCCGGCACUCAAAAUUGUUGAUUAGGUUUGACAAAUUAUAUAUUUAUUAUUUUUACUCCGAUUUUUAAAGAUUCUUGUAUCAGUUUUUAGGUACAUGUAUUGACAUCGUUUAUUAUAAUACCGGCAACAAACAAUUUAAUCAAUCAAAAAUAUUUAGUGGCGGAAUUUUGUGCCGGGGAAUUUUGUGUAGAAUAGAAAUAAAACAAAAUGAUUGAUUAAAAUUUAUUUAUUUAUUUACCAAACAAUAGUAACGGGAUUAGUACGGGACUUUCACUUUAAAAGAUCCUACUUGGAAAACUUUAUUACUUGUAAGUAUUUAACGAUACAAUAUUUAAAUAAGGUAAUAAUAUUUUAUUCAUUAUAUAUUCACGGUUACACAUUCGACAAAAUUAUUUUCUUUAAUUUAAAAAGUAUAACAUUAUUUAAAAUAUCAUAGAUAAUUAUGAUAUCAUUACGAUAAAAUUAAGAGGCUUUCAUUUUAAAAGAUUCCACUUGGAAAAAUUCAUUAGUUGUAGAUAAGUAAGUAUUUAACGGUUUAACUUGAAUAAGGCAAUAAUUAUAUUUUAUGAUUCUUACUUCUUAUGUAUUAACAGAAACACACUCUACAAAAUAAUUAUUUUUAAUGCAAAAAGUAUAACACUAUUUAAAAUAUUACUGAAAAUUAUAUUAUUAAAAAUAAAUCGGAUUUUUUUACCCAUGGGGCUUAGAGAUCCCCGGUAUCUGAUUCAUCAUCGGAAAGAUCCCAUUCCGAAUCACUGUCUCUUAAAGUAAUGACAAUCUUUUCCAUAUUAUUUUCUAUGGUUGCUAGUCGCAGCAAAAAUUCUUGCUCGCAUUUUUUUGCAUGGUUGAAUCGGCCUUGCCACUCAGUUGGAGGGAAAGUGGCAAAGAAUUGUUCACAUAACUCCUUAAGAUUAUUUAUAUUAAAUGUGACAUUUUUUGAUGCUACAUACGAUUUUAAGCUGGCCCAGACCAGCUCAAUUGGAUUAGAAUCUGGGUGAUAGGGAGGUAAUCUUAAAAUUGAAUGUCCAUGUUUUAUUGCAAUCUCGUCUAUUGCAUAGCGAACAUAUGUUGGUUUAUGUAUUUUCACUAAAUCGUAGAGUUCCGUCUUUAGCAUACCAUUGUUUAUUGGAAUGUUUCUAGCCUCUAACCAUUUCUUUAUAAUUUCUUUUGGUGAUGCUGAUGUUGGUGCCUUAUCAAUUUGUUUGUUGUGGUAAGGUGUAUUAUCUAUCACUAUAACACUUUGUGGAGGAAGAUUUGGUAUUAGUUUGUUUUCAAACCAUUUACUGUAAUUUUCAAGUGACAUAUCGUCGUGAUAGUCGCCUGUUUUUAGACCAGAUUUAAAAACUAAAGCAGCCCCUUGAAUAAAACCACACUCACCACCAGCAUGCACAAUAAUCAAACGAUUUCCUUUUGAUGUGGGCUGCUUAACACCUUCCUUCGAAUCAUCACUCCAACUUUUGCGUGUGGUAUGUGUUGAGUGGAUGUAUGUUUCAUCCAUAUACACUAUAGGGCGACUUUCUUCUCGGUACCUAUUAAUAGCUCUUAAAUAGUGUAUACGAAGUUUUUGGAUGUCAUGUCUCUCCAUUAGAACUUUUCUAUUGGUUUUUGUUUUUCUCCAACGGAAGCCAAUGUCUCUUAUAAUCAAUCUUAAAGAUUCCCGACUAUCUUGAUAUCCUACAGCAUCUUUGAAUUUAGAAAGAAUAUUCUUCAGCUGAGGUACUUCUGCAUCACUUAUAUGCAUAUUAUGAAUAAUACGCCUUAAAACCCCUUUGUCGACGUCGUCAAUAGUCUGCAUCUUUUUUUCUUUUACAAUAUGUUUCCUUGGGGAGGAAAACGAUGAGCAUUGUCCUGCAAUUAGAUAAAUAUAUUCCAUUAGUGUUAGAGUAUAGAAGUUGCUAUGGAUAUCAUAUAAAAUAUAAUAUAGUUAAAUCCAAACCCUUCUUUCAGUGUAUCAUAGUUUAUCGAAUUCUGAAUCGGCAUUUGUCAGAUUUGACUAAAAGGUCAUGCAAAAUUAAUGACGCACUGACAGAAGGGUUUGGCUUGAACUAUGUAGGUAUUUUUUUACUACUUUCUAUAUUACAUACCGUCUUCAAUUUUUGUUUGUUCGACCGAGACUCUGUAAAUUGUACUUUCGUAAAUAUAAUUUGCUCUUAAACUCCAUGCUACAAUUAAAUAACACUAAUUUAGGUAUGGCUACUUUUUAUAUUAAAACUAUUAUACAGAAAAACUUAAACGAAAAACUUGCAACACUAAAUGAAACAGAAGGUAAUAAUGAUGUAAACAACCUAUGGAAGAACUAUAAGAAUCUACUACUGAGUUAGCUAAGGAAGUAUGUGAAAUAAGUAAAAAGACUCAACAAAGAAACAGACAACGCAGUGGUUCGAAAAAAUAAAUAGCAAGUAAAAGGGAAGCAAAUAACAUAGAAACAAUAUUUGAAAGAUAAAACAAACAAGAGCUGCAAUAACUAUAAAAAUGAAAGGAAAAAUGUAAAAAUAUGAGCAAUAGCAGCAAAGAAUUGGGAAAAUUCAGAGACAAAAUGGAAGAAGAUAGCAAAAGUAACCAACAAUCAUUCUACAGAACCCUGAAGACAAGAGGGACAAAAAAAACAGAAAUAUGCAGAAAAUAUACAUUUCUUGACCUUUAAAAAGCCUUCAAUAACGUACCAAGACAGAAACUACGGAAAAUAUUAGGAGAAAAAGGAAUGGACAACAAGCUACUAAGAAUGAUACAAAAAAUAUACAAUGAGAGCAACAAUGCUGUAAUUAGUAAUAAUUAUUUAACAUUACAUACGUUUACAAUAAAUGGAGGUUUAAGACAGGGAAGAGCACUUAGCUCAAACAAUAUUCAGAAUAUUAUAAGGACAAAAUUAUUAAGAACAAAAGAAAUUAUGCACAGCAAGGAAUAAAAAACUGAAUGUAGGGCAUAGAAAUCUACAAAGAGUAGAAAUCUCAGAAGGAGCAUUUGCUGACAAUGUGCUAAUUGCAAAAAAUUAAAAAGAACUUCAGAACAAUUUGGAAAUAUGGAAAUAAGUAUUUAACGAAAAAGAAAAAUAUCAACAAAACAAAAGUUAUGCAGAUGGGAGAAACAAAAGAGGAACUUGUGUACACAUGACCAAAGAAUGACCAAAAAUAGAAUAAGUUGAAGCUUUUAUGUACUUAGAAGUACCUAAUAAUAGAAGAAACAAGAUCUUUAAAUGUUGUUCUGAAGCUAUUUCCUUGUGGCAAUUUUAUAAUUGCGCAAUCGCAGACGAUUUUAAAUCGAAGCGCAAGAUCGCAGACGAUGGAGGGCCAUAGUGGAUGCGGCGAGGACUCACCCCGAGUUGUAAAGCCAGUCAAGAAGAAGAAGAAUUUUAUAAUUAACUAUUUUGAUUGAGAAAUAAGCCACAAUUAAAUUGAAGAAAUAAUUUUAUUAUUUUUUCAAUUUAAUUCUAAUAUUUUAAUAAAAUUAUUUUUUCAAUUUAACUGUGGCUAAUUUCCCAAUCAAAAUAGUUAAGGAUCUUUAGAAGAAGAAAUCAAUAGAAGAGAAGAGAAAACGCUACAAUAAUUGUAUCUCACAAUGAAAAAAAAUAAUGUGUGUGUACUUUGUACGCACGUAAGAAGAUAUUCUUCUAUUAUAUAGGUAAUUUAAACGAAGUAAAUAUACUUAACAGGUUAUUUGUAUUUUAUUUAAAAAUUAAACUAACUUUCUUAUCUACCACUUUCAAAUUUUUUUUAUUAAAAUAACGAAAAAUAAAAAAAAGUAUGAAUCGUCCAAGGAUUAGAACCCGCGACCUUCCGUGUGCUUCCGUUCUCUGUCCCACCGCUCAGCCAACUACGCCAUCGAGCCACUUGAAUUGACACGUAAGAUUCGGAUAUAAUUACACAACACGGCGACAAACUGUAAAUGAUAUGCUUACAUAUUUUAUUAUUUUACUACAGGGAAAUACAAAUCCAAAAACACAAGAAUUAAAAUAAAUAAUACAUUUCCUAAAACCACUAAUAUAUUCUUUUAAUGACUUAUUUGCACGGUUACAGAUACAUACAUACCUAUCUUGAAAGAUUAGCAAUGAACUACAUACUGUCAGUGUGCGCAGGCGCGUGGUUCAUGUACAAUUUUACCCUCAAUCGAUUCGUCGCUAAAGAAGAAUAUCUUCAAAAAAAUCAUAUGCAGAAAAGAAAUACUUUUGCAGAAAAGAAAUACUAGAUUUUUAUUAAUAUAUGUAUAUAAUAUAUUACAAUUUAUCUACUUACCUUUACAGUUUUUAAUUUUAGCAGAGUCCUGAAAAGAACUUUUGCAUAAAACGAGUACAACUUAAAUAAAAAGAAAUAAUGCAACACUGUCAAAAUAUCGAAUAGCUCACAGUAGAACGUCUGGCGCACGAAUGCCUUUACUGGACGUGGCUAAACCCCCACUUUCCACCCAGUUUUAUGCGCGGUGACAACUUUAUUUCACGAGAUCCCUGUCGGCCUGUACAUGUAAAAUUUGCACCAAACAGUUUUUACUAAAGAAUUACUUAACAAAACAUAUGAAGUUGCAUACCGCUGAAAAAAAAUUUAAAUGUGAAAUUUGUACCAAACAGUUUUCAACAAAACAAGUUUUAAAAGGGCAUAUGAGAGUGCAUACUGGUGAAAAACUAUUUGAAUGUGAAAUAUGCUCCAAACAGUUUUCAUACAGGCCUAGCUUAACAGCACAUAUGAAAACACACUUGUGAUUAGGAUAAGGUCCGUACCUCACCGGGACGCCAUGGCCACCAUGGAUUGUCAAGAACGCUGCCCGUUUCCACCACAUUCCCUCUUGUUACAUAUACAUAGACAGAAAUGGACGUAGAAGAAAUCACACUGUUAUAUUAUUUUUAACUUGCUACUUAAGUCGCAAAAAUAUUAAGCAGAAGAAAAAGGAAAAAAUAUGGGUACAUCCUUUUAUACUAAAGCGAAACGAGAUUGGUGUUUUUGGCAAACUAUAUGAAGACUUCUUGAAAUAUCAGAGUAAUCCUUUGUGGCACUGUUUCACAAAUAUAACCGACUUUCGGUCUCUACAAUAAACCUUUCUCUAUCAAAAUUCCUUUUGCUUUAUAUCUUUCCAAGUAACGACUGGUUGGCGACUGAAUGAGUGACGGUACGUACACUCUCGUUUAUAUUGCUGGUAUCGUCGCCAAGUGGCCAGGAUAGCCAGUCGCCACAAGAGAAACUGUAGACAGUGGCGACGCCUCUAAUUCAGAUCCGUCGCCAAGUGGUUGCCAAGUGUGAUACCUGCCAUUCAUUUUAAAAGAGUCAAUUUUAAGCGUCGCCAUUGCGUCCUGGUGGCGAUUUUACAAAAUAUACCCGCUCUCAACACCAGCUCCGCCUCCUACGCAUACGUCGUCCACAUAACUGUAAUAAUCAUCACCAUCCGCUCUCAACACAUCUUACAAAAUAUACUCGAUUCCAGCACAUAUGAGUCAAGUUAAUAUUUUUCGAGCUAUUUGCGAGUGAAUGAUAUGUUUUUCAACAACAAACACUAGUUUUUCGACGGUUUUCGCAAAUAACUCAAAAAGUAAGUUUUCUACCGAAACAAAAUGUUUAGCAAAAAGAUAGCAUAUAAAAAAAGUGAAAAAAAUGAUGUAUAUAUGAAGUCUGUAUACCCAGUAGAAGCAAAGUUGUAGCUAAUGAAAAGUAGGUUCUUCGUCAAAUUCCAAAUCGAUUAUUUAAACGUGAAAUAACCGUUUCUAUGGUCAAGUAGGUAAGUUACGCUAAAAAUAAUUUUGGUCUCUUUUUUUGUUUAAAAAAUGAUAAAAAUGGUCCUCUAAUUAGAAUCCGAAAUGAAAUGAAUCGUUACUGCUUCACAAGCUACUUUACUUAUGUAUUGUUUAUAUUAUCUGUAAGUUUCAUCGGCUCAAAAUGCUCAUUAAAAAAAAAGGUUUUAAAGUAAUUUUUUUUAAUUUUGAAAAAUAUUUCUUUUUUCUUCAAAAUAGCUUAAAAAUUAUACGUGACAGUAACAAUCUCAAGGAGUAAAAAAUGUAUGCUUUUCUUUUCUGGAUGUUUUGAAUUUUUUUGUUUUCAUGUAAGACAAAAAUUGGUUAAUAUAAAAUGUAUUGAUAGCGGGUACGGAUACUGGAUGACGUCUGUCUAGAAGGCGGAGCUUGUGCUGACAGUGGGUUUAUUUUGUAAAAUCACGCCCCGGUGAUGUAUGGCCCUUAGAUCGACACAGUGCUACUCUUGAAAAAAAACGUAUCAAAUAUCGGAUGAUUAUAUCCUAUUAAAUUUUUGUUAUUUUAUCAUAAAAUAUCAAAAUCUGAUUCCAACCUGUACAUACAUUUUGAUCCUUGAUAAAUAUUUUCUCAUGAAAUAGUUUUAGGCCGAAAUACCUCCUAAAAAACGUCGAUAGGACCUAGUGUGAUAAGAAUCCUUUUAAAUUAACGGUUCAAUACUUCAUGCAGUGAACGGUUCAUUUGAACCUUUUCCUUUGUGUGUUAGUUUAUAAUAGAAAAGAUAAUCGGCCAGAAUGCGCAACAAAGUGGCGGUAUCAAUAUUAGAUAUUUAUAAAUGUAAGAAAUUCGAGUAGCCGCUUUAAAGAUGAGCACGUUCCGGUAUUUUAACAUACUAUUAAUCACUUUUAUUAUUUUAAAAAUUUAAAAUAACAUUUUUUUGAUCCAAAACUAACGUUUUGUUGGUGGUGGAGGGGGGGGUAGGGGGUGUUGUGUUAAAAUUACGCUGAGUCCUAUUUUUUAAACAAAGAACGUAAAAAAGUGAAAAAAAUUGAGUUCUGGGAGUGCUUUAUACUUUAUAGAUUGUAUGUGUAUACCGUUGGGCAACAAUUUUGGACCAAAUAUGGGAGUGCUUUGAGUAGUUUACUGCAUUGUUUUCGUUUAUGAACACUUACAAUUUGCAUUAUACAGGGUGUCCAGAAACUCUACCGACAAACGAAGACAGGAGAUUCCUCAGAUAAUUUUAAGUCGAUUUAACCCAAUUCCCUUGUCCGAAAAUGCUUCUUAAGGGAGCUAGAGCUCUUUGAAUAUGGCGUCAUGAAAUUAGUUUUUCUUAAAUACCUCCAGAACGCUUCUAUUUAGAAAAACGAAAAUUGGUAUGCAUAUUUACUUUUCAGAGAUGAAUCGAUUCUAUCCAUUGCAAAUUUCUAGUUAGGUCAUAGGCGUCCGUUUUGGGUAGAGCAACAAGUAUUUUAUCGCAUAACUUUUUUGUUCUUAACUUUUAUGCAUUUUUGACACCGGAUUAUUAAAUUGUGAGGUAUUCUAGUACUAAAAGGUACUCCUGCUUUAAAUCGGUAGGACACACCGUUUUCUGGAAAAAUCGAUUUGAAAGUUUUUCGUUUUUGGAAUUUGAAAAAAAAUUGAAAGAACUUUUUAACAAAAAACGAAGUAUUUUACCAACAUAAAGUAAUAAUAACUUUUAGUACUCGAAUACCUCAUAAUUUAAUAAUCUAGUGUCAAAACUGCUCAAAAAUUCAAGACAAAAAAGUUAUACUAUAAAAUAACUGUUGACCUACCCAAAACGGACGCCUAUGACCAGUACUAGAAAUUCGCAAUUAAUGAAAUCGAUUUAUCUCUGGAAUAUAAAUAAUUGUACCAGUUUUCGUCUUUCUAAACAGUUUUUUUUUGAAAUUUUUUUUUAAUUCAAAAAGCGAAAAAUUUUCAAAUCGAUUUUUCUAGAAAACGGUGUGUCCUAUCGAUUUAAAACAAGAGUACCUUUUGGUACUAGAAUACUUCAAAAUUUAAUAAUCCAGUGUCAUAGAUGCAUAAAAGAUAAAGAUAAAAAAGUUAUGCGAUAAAAUAACCGUUGUCCUGCCCAAAACGGACGCCUAUGAUCAGUACUAGAAAUUUGCAAUGGAUGGAUUAGAUUUAUAUCUUGAAGAUAAAUACGCGUACAAAUUUUUGUUUUUCUAAAUAGAAGCGUUCUGGAGGUAUUUAAGAAAAACUAAUUACAAGACGCCAUCUUCAAAGAGCUCUAGCUCCCUUAGGAAGCAUUUUCGGACUAAGUGAAUUGGGUUAAAUUAUCUGAAGAAUCUCCUGUCUUCCUUUGUCGGUAGAGUUUCUGGACACCCUGUAUAAACCAAAACCUUUCUCUCAUCCAUCUUAAAUUUGAUUUCUCUACUCAAUGCUUUGUUCAUUUUUUGUUCGUUCCAUUAUACAGAUUUUACAGAUAGUUAUUA